AGACCCAGACAAGCUCACAUACACUUCAGUCCAACUGCCUUCACUUUGGUACCGGAGCUCUGUUAGACUCAGAGAGGCUGUCAGAGUCACUGCCUGAAGCUGCUGUCAAACACGAGAUUUUACACAAAGAUGACACAGACAAAUGUUACCAUCAAAGAAGAGCCGAUUGAACCGUGUUCCAGGGAUGAUGAUAACAAAAUGCGAGCAAAUCUAUCUUACAUUUACUACUUCAUGUUUGUCUUCAGUGUUAUCACCAACCUGCUGGUUCUGGUUGUCAUCCACCGGUUUGAGAAGCUGUACACUGUGAUCAACAUCUUGCUGGUCAACCUGGUGACGUCCUCCCUCAUCUUAAUGAGCAGCCUUCCUUUCCAGGCCGCCUACAUGCAGAUCUCUGACUGGAUUUUUGGCUCAGCUAUGUGCAAGAUUGUCUUUAGUGCCUACUAUCUGGGUUUUUACAGUUCUGUUUUCUUUUUAACUCUGCUAACAUUUGACCGUUACCUUGCUUUUGUACAUUUUAUGCCAGUAUUACAUGUAAGGAGUCGACGCAAUGCUAUCAUUUCCUGUGUAGUGGUGUGGGUGAUCAGUGGUUUGGCUUGUGUCCAGCCAAUGAUCUUUCAUGGUGCCUAUAAUGGUAAUGACACUAGGUACUGUGAGGAAUUUGCUGACAUUCCUGGUAUGAAUGUAGAGAAACUCAAAAAAUCUCGAUUUCAUAUUCAGCUUUCUGUCUUCUUAAUCCUUCCUCUGGCUAUUAUCAUAUUUUGUUACGUUAGGAUUGUGAUCACUAUCAAAAAAUCUCGAUCAGCUUCUAAAUUCCAUGCAGUCAGGAUGAUAUUUAUGAUCGUAGUUUUGUUCUUCAUCUGCUGGAUCCCCUUUAACAUUGUAGAACUCCUGCUUUAUGAAUUUGAGCCUCUUUUGAGCUGUGAAGCUAAAAUGAAUCUCGGUUACGCUCUCCAUGUCACCCGCAACACGGCGUACAUUUACUUCUGCAUCAGUCCAAUAUUUUAUACAUUUGUAGGAAAAAAAUUCCAAAACCAUUUCAAACUGUUGCUGGUGAAAUGUUUCCCAAGAUUACAAGAUCAUAUUUCUUUCAACACAAGCAACACAACAACAAGAACUAAGCCUUAAGAAGUGGGUUUAUCUCUGCGAGUUUGUCGUCAUUCACCCCGAGUCAAACCAAAUUCUGUACCUUGCAACCGCAUUCAUGCUUUUUAAACUUCAGCACAAGUUUUCAUGCUACAACCACAAACGUCACUUUGAUCUAAUGUAUUGUCAUAAUACUAAAAAAUAAUUGAGGAUAUUAGUACUAUUUAACCUCAAGUAUCAACAGCUAAACCUACAGAUGGUGACUUUUGAAUCAUUUCAUCCGGCUGUUUCAAGAGACCUUGAGUUAGUAUUUCUAAUUUCUAAUUAUGCUGAAAUGACACUGAGAAUUAAUCAGAGUGAUAAUUAAUCAGAGCAGCAGGAAAGGACACCAAUGGUACCUUUGGACAGGCUGCAGAGAUCCAUGAUUUAUUUAUAGGUCUACUGUUUGCCAUGGAGUUCGCUAAUCUUGCUCUUAUGGGAGAGUUGCAAGACGGAUGACUUUUAAAAGGAAGCUCAUAGGUGCAGUUCAUCAAAACGUCAUGUAGGAGACAGUGCAAAAGAAUAGAAUACAGUGACUAAAGAUCUUUUGACCUACAUCAAAAAUGCUAUGUGAGGUAAAAAAAAAAUGGACUGAAGUUCACCUUACAGAAGGCAAUGACAUUAAACAUAUAGCUAUAACUGGCACAAUUACCAGGACACAGUUAAAGUGGCCAAAAAGGAAUAUCUUUCUAGCUUAAUUUCAUCUCACAGCCACAACCUUUGUGUUCUUUCAGCACUUUGUUUGAGUUGCAGCUGGUGUUAACGCGCAUUAUAAAUAAAGUCAACAAUGGCAAGCCAAAGUGUGUGAAACAGAUCAGAAUUUACACAAUACAUCGGAAUUUACAGAUACUCUCCUGCUAAUUUGCAGAUUAGAACUGGUACAAAGAGUAUAAUUAAUAAAACAAAAGUCAAAAUGGUUCUCUGUAAAUGUAUUGGCCAAAUCUAUCCCUAUAUGUUAUGCUAUUCUUUGAAAAUGCUUUAAAGUAGUACAAGCUAAUAACUACAAAAACAUCAACAAAAAACACCAAAGCAACCCCAAGUAAAGAUGUGCUGGAAGGGACCCAACACACUAGAUAAGCGGUGCCCAAGUCCAGUUCUUGAGAUCCAUCAUGCUGCAUCUCUCAGAUACGUCCCAUGUCCAACACACCUGAAUCGAAUCAAAGGCUCAUUACCAGGCCUCUACAGAGCAGAAUGACUGCUGAUGAGGGAGUUCAGACAUUUUAUUCACAUGUGUUGGACCAGGGAUGUAUUUCAAAGUUUGCUAGAUCUUGAACAUGGACUUGGGGCCCUCCACACUGGAAGAAAAGAAAAGUAAAAGCUGAGUAAUUUUUGGGUGAGUUUACAGGCAGAGGAAACACCACUGAGCUGAAUGGGUGUUUCUGAGAAUCUGUGAUUAAAUGCAAAGAAUUUAAAAUAGGCACUGUCAUGGGGCCCUCCGUUGUUAUGGGGAACAGAUGUCUAUUGCAUCUGUUCUGUUACCCACAGGAACAUUUUUGGAUUGGGUCUUUAGAUGGAAGCUUACAGUCUGUUGUAACUCCAAUUCAAACCUGCUGAAGACAACAAACUCCAGGCUAAUUUUCAAUAACUGCUGGAGUUAACAUGCUUACUUUGUACCAUACAGUAAUGAAUUCAUUCAUUAAUCUUAUAAUCUUAUGAAUCUAGGUGUUUUUGCAUUCAUGUGUUGUUUAAAGUGCUAUGUCAGUGACAUAACAAUCAGCAAAAAGAUCUAACAGAAAUCGACAACGAGAAAAGCUUAAACAGCAACAAACUGAUAUAUUACAUCUUGAUCGUGUUUUGUAUAUAAAUCCGCUUUAUUAUCAUUGAUGAAAAAGUAUCUGUAUGAUAAUGAAAUUAACAUCUAAAUUAUUUACAAGCAUUCAGCUAUAGUUAUAUUCUGUUUUUGUUUUUUUUUCUGUCUACCGUGUGCUGAACAACUUGCAUCAUGACGUUCUAUAAUGUAGUUUUUUUUCUUUUGGUAUGUAGUGUAUAGUAAAUGAAGAUGGAAAUUAAUCAUAAAUGUUCCUAUUGCCCUAAGCUAUUAAUAUCUAUGGAUAUAAUUUGUUCAUUCAUUUUUGCUCCUGAUAUUAAAUAAAUAUGUUUAAAACA